UACAUACAUCCAGGCGUCGGUCGUGGGCAUAGCGCCGCACUGUAUGCAAUCGCGCCAAGUCCCGGAGUGUGUCGUUAGUAAAAUCAGAGAAUUCACAGUACAUUUAAAGUAAUGUUGUACCGAAGUCAUUAUUUAGUGCAUCGCGAGAUUCCAAGCGGUCAGGUCGAAGCCUUUUCCUGGUUCCUGGGUAUUUGUAUCAGUGAUGCGGGGUCCUAAGCUGUCACUUUAGAUCAGCGCAACAGAACCGAGGUUGGACUUGUUUUCCAUCGAGUUACACAACGGUGCAGCAGUAGCGCGUUGCGAGCUCAGUGCAGCCAAAUAGCAUCCUCGUGGAUGCAUUUCCUGUUUGGACGUCAACCGGUGCAGUAGGAAGUCGUGUGACACUCUCCGUCGAGUGAUUUCGAACUGAAGUAAAGACUUGUGUUGCCCGUCGCAGACUUUAACUUACUCCUAGAGUGCUGUCCUCUGGCGUGCAGUGGUUGUAACCAGUGUCUCUUUUAAGAGCACGUUGUAAUUGAGUUGGCUCAAAUUUAAACACACUUAAUUGCAUCCGGGGUGUCACCCAAGAAGUAAGUGCCGGUCGUUGUUGAUUCGUGUCCUGUUUCCGUCGCUGUAGUGUGUCGUCGUUUCUGCUCUCGGUGUUUGUCGUGCAUAAGUGUUACAUAAAAGGUGUCGCCGUUGUCUUUCUCUAGCUGUCUAGAAAAGUACAUCCUCUCGAAAUCGCCAAGACGGUAAACCAAGUGAAAAUAUAAAAUAGUGACUACUCUCCUGAAAGAAAAAAACGUGCUAAUUUGUGUCAGUGUCUAUCGAAUAACUAGAAGUGUUUAAGAGUGCUGUAAUCUUUGUAAUCAACAACCUGAAAUAUAGUGAAGUGUCCAAGCUCUUGCAAACUCCGAAUUCGAAAGCUUCCUCAUUGAGGGAAAACCCGUUGUGAUCGUGUGAAGUGAGUCAAAAUCGAAACAAAAAUAAAGUCCCGCAAGAACCGCCGCAAGGGCAUCCCAUUGAAAAACGGUCAGUCAUCGUCGUUCGUCGACAAGGACAAGGUACUCGACCAAAACCGUUUCCCAACAAUUGGACCUAGAAACGUAUUGCUUAGAGCAGUUACACUCCAAGGAAAAAAAGUAGUCAUUAUGAAGGAUUCGAUUAUGCAGACUACAACUCCCUCCGCUAGUGACAGUUCAGAAGGCAAUGGCGAUCGUCAACUGAACUCAUCAAGGCGCCCACCAGCCGUAGCCGUUGACGAUUCUGGCGAAAAAUUCUCCUUCAAGUUACUGUUGCAAGUUCUCAAUAGUAUGUCAUCGCCGCCUGCAAUGCCCAAUUACAAUAACCGUUACCCGGCAUUGAACGGCUAUCCCCAGAUCAACGGUGUCGACCCGGCAGAACCCAUCGAUUGUCGUAAGCUUCAAUCGCACCGAAGGAACAGCACUGACACAGGAACAAUGGACCAGCAGUAUUGCUUACGCUGGAACAACCAUCAGUCCAACCUGACGACCGUGCUCAGAACCCUGCUGGAAGAUGAGAAACUGUGUGAUGUCACGCUCGCCUGCGAUAAUGGAAUUGUCAAAGCACAUCAAGCGAUACUGUCGGCGUGCAGUCCGUACUUCGAGCAGAUCUUCGUCGAGAACAAGCACCCGCAUCCGAUCAUCUACCUGCGCGACGUCGAGGUCAGUGAGAUGCGCGCCCUGCUCAAUUUCAUGUACCAGGGCGAGGUGAACGUUGGCCAGCACAACCUGCAGAACUUCCUCAAAACGGCGGAGAGUUUGAAAGUACGAGGCCUCACCGAGAGCAGUGCCGACCGGUACGCAACCGAAUCGGAGAAAAGCAGAGCCGAACGGUCGAGAGUUGACUCGCGGGAUGGACGCGACUCGGCACCGCCGACCAGUGUCACCAACAACAACACCAUCAACAGUAACAACAACAACACUAAUAACAACAACAACAAUACUCUCCACCAUCCGCUGCAGCGGGACAAAGAACUGCGCGAGCGGGAAGAGCUGAGGGAGCGAGACAGGCGGGAAGCCCAUCGAGAGCUGCAGAGAGAACGGGAACUGCAGGCGCGAGACCAUCAGCGCAGUGCCAGUGCCGAACUGCUGACGCCGAUGACCGACGACUGCCGUUACUCCCCCUCGGACGACCGAGACUUGACCGUAGAGAGUAAGAAAAAACGUAAAAUAUCCACCUGUGAUAACUCGUUGCCCUCGACACCGAGCCUAAUGAACGACCGGCCGGGUGGAUACGAAUCGCAGGCGUCAUCACACAGUAGUAUCAAGCUAAGUCCAAAGCCCGACGACGACUUCAAAGUCAGCUCACCGGCCGCGAUGCAUUCGCUUUCCGGUCCGAUCAAACAGGAGUACUCCGACUUGCCCAGCCGCCAUCAUCCGCUGCAUCCAGAACUAUUGCCGCCCCUAAAGAUGUCCAUGUAUCCGGAGGAGAUGUCCAGCUUGCUGACACCCUCCAGUCCGGGAAACGAUCACCCACCACUACCACCACCGAUCCACUCAUCACACUCGCAUCUGAACAAUAUCCGUUACAAGUCGAAGCAUCCGAUCCCGAUGAACCUCAAUCCGGAGGAGAUGAGCAACAUGCUAUCACAGGGCAACAUGCCUCCGCUGAACGACAGUGGCGAUAAUGAGGGCUCCCUCUCGCAUCCCGACCAUCCCGACAACAUCGACGGCUCCAAGGCCUGGCAUAUGCGGCUUACCUUUGAACGUCUAUCGGGCGGCUGUAAUCUGCAUCGCUGUAAGCUCUGCGGCAAAGUAGUGACGCACAUACGCAACCAUUAUCACGUGCACUUUCCUGGCCGCUUCGAGUGCCCUCUAUGUCGGGCAACCUACACCAGGAGUGAUAACCUGAGGACGCACUGCAAGUUUAAACACCCGAUGUUCAAUCCGGACACGCGAAAGUUCGAUAAUAGCAUGAUGUCUCCGGCGAUGGUUUCCCAAGCGGCGGCAGCAGCAGCCGCCAUAUCGGCGGCUACGGCCGCAGCCAACAGCUUUAAGCCUGAUUUUUCCGCCGUGAACAGUUUCAAGUCGGAACUCAACGCAGCAGCUGCUGCAGUGGCCGCCAAUGCCAACUAUGGUCUCAACCCUUUCAAGGCCGAUUUUCCCAUUCCAAAUGCGACGGCUGCAGCCGCUGCGGCGGCGGCUGCUGCUGCAUCGGCAGCUUCCGCUUCGCCUGGUAUAAACUCUCAGAGUGGUACAUCCGACUGAUAUAGAAAAUACCACUGGCCACAACCGUACGGCCAGUCUAGCAGUGCUAACGAAGGUGGUAGUAGCGAUUAUGGGUACUACGCAGAGCGUCCAACAGAACAUCACCCAUUACAGUACGGCAAACGUCAUAGUCAUAGCAGCAUUCAAUAUCCUAACGAUAACGGCGUUAAACUAGAUAGUUCCUCAACAGUAGUCACCAAUAGCAUUCAUGGCAACCAUUAUACAAACACGGUAGCAACAACCAAUGUACCUGUUAGCGAACGGACAGUCGCCGCCCGAUCAGCGUUCACAACGUCGGCGGCUCAUAUUUCACCGGCGUACUUAGAGAAUCACCUUGGCGACAACCAUGAAUCAGCUGGCAAUUGGAAGAAUCUCGAUAAUGGUCAUAGUCUGAACAAUAGACGUAGUAGUAGCGUUGGGAACUUUUACACUGGCAACACUGGCGAUAGAAGCAACGGCGAUGCGGACAAUGAUCUAAGUAACCGAUUGGCGUAUGAUCGGGACGGCGACCGUCGGCAGAAGUUCGUAGUUCACUUGGAUGGUAGCUGUUCGGAGCCAAUGGCUUCUACACGAUCGACAACUCCCCCACAAGUCCAGUCCGACGAGCCGCCUGCUGAGAUGUAACGUGUUGGUCAGCUACGAUAGCUAGUUUAAAAUUUAAAAGAAUUGAUCAGCCAUCUAACCCAUAUAUAGCAAACACUGUUGAGUGCAUCUCUAACGGUUUUUCCCGUUUUCGCAUGGGAUGUGAAAAUCUGAUACAGCCAAACUUUAAGAAAACGAAAGGUUACACUCUUGUACAAGUUAUUUUUUUUCUGAACAGAGGCCUUGCUUGUUUUGUAAUUUUACAAAGAAGAUUAUAGUUUCGUUUUUGUUUUAACAGAUUUUAUACUGACACCAUUGAUGCUAUUAUUUAUGUUAUGUAAGACCGCGUUUUGUUUUAUUUUGUUAUCGAAAAAUUAUGAUAUCGUUUACCCAUCGCCAGCGGUUCCAGCGGUGAAAUUCGCUUUCACUGUAUCAUAUCGCGUUUCGAGUGUUCUGAACAUCCAACUGAAAACUGUGCCACUUUGUGUCGAAGCCAACCCCGAGUUCAAACGUCUGAAUUGGUUAAAUCCUGGCCCCAAAGCUAAACAUUCUCAAACAUAAUUUUGAUUAUUCAGUGACAUUAACACCCAAAGCUGUCACAAAAAAUUUGAAAUUGUUUGGCAGCACUGCGAUGUUUUGCAGUGCGGUCAAAAGGAAAAAGUUUUCGGUAGCCCAAAAUUCCAUAACCCAAAUGAAUCUACACCUCAAAUUCACAAUGCAUCGCCGUAUUCUACUACCAUCUACUGUUCCGAUUCCUAAUUUUUAACGAACACUUUUAGCCAAAUCCAACCGCCGAGUUGAUGCGGUAUUACGUAUAACCACGAUAGACACAUGUUACACGGUAGUCAAAUCCCACCUAGAAACGCUAGAAUUGAACCCCUCCGUUCUCCCAGAUCCCUUGUAGUGGAAUUCUGUAGUACUAGUCCCAUAUCAGUUGAAUGACUUUUCCAACACUAUAUUCAUAACCACAAACAUUAAGCACUAGUGAGAUUAUAGACUGUAGACCUUAAGGUAACCCAAGCAGAGCUUACAAUAUGUCUAUUGCGCGUAUUAUCUAUGCAAUAAACCCGUUUUUAUGUUUGUCAACACCGCUGCGGUAAAUCCUAGAAAGAAAUGGUGUCAUACUUUCACAUACAGGGAAAGCAACGCCACUACGUUGACAAGUAGUGAACUUUGAGCUCCAUUACGUUACUGCAAUUCCCACCUACUUUGCGUGGUGCACAUAUUAGCCAGAUUGCAUUGUGAAUUUAGCCCCACCCUCUUUGUUCCAUCUAGUAAUCAUUUAUCGUUGGAUUAUAGCACCGAUUCCAAAAAUUGUAUGAUUUCUCAUUCAAGAAAACAUCUGUAUCCAGCGUUUCAUGAGCGAUAAUGGCCGUCACAAGCAAGAUCAUUUCCUGGUAGAGAUCAAACGAUCGGACAGCUGCCUUAAGUCGUUUGAGAGCUAACCGAUCAGUUUGAUGAUCGAUCUUAUCGAUUUGCUGUCAAUUUUCGGAUCGCUUACUUGUGACAGCCAUCAGCGCUUAUAAAAAGCAGGAUAGCUACCGAUUGGCAUCAAAUGAAAAAGUUCAUCGGUGCAGUAGUCUAUUCUCCAUAAGAAACAACUAGUUGAGCUUCCAAAUGUCAAAAAAAAACACAUGUCUAUUUUGAUUUGAAAUUAUGUCAGCCCUCUGAUCAAAGUAUGUUUUUGAAGGAUGCAAUGUAAACAUUAAACAUUACGAAGCAAAAAAAGCUGAGAACAGGGUCAUCAGCAGAAGGAUUAGAUUUUAGAGCAAAAGCAAAACGUAUUAAAACUCGUUUGUAGAAAGCAAUGUGGUACAUGCCGACGAAUGUUCAUUUGCUGGCAACUCAGUGGUGGCAAGCGAAAGCAGAUAUAUUAAAACGAUUGAAUAAUAGAGCACAAAACCGUAGGUAAACUUGACUUGUUUUGGAAUGCUAUUUAAGAUAGUGAUAAGACGUUAUACAAACAACAACAAAAUACACAUAACAACUUUGCUCAACUUUAAAGGAACCCUUGUUGUAAUUGAAGUUUGUUUGAGUCCUUCCUACAUGGCGCGUUCAGUAAACGGUGUCAUAGUUUUUCGAAGCGGAAAUACUCCAACACCGGCGCGAGCAGUUUGAAACAUUGUUCAGCAAAACCCUCAACCACCUAAUUUCCAGGCAAACUAACGGUCAUUGUAACGCGCGGGCAUAUAUUAACUAAGUGAUUGAUUCAGUCAAAUGAUGCAUACAAGUGUAACAUUUAGGGAGCCUAAUUGUAAUAAUUUAUUCAUUAUUUAUAACACAGAAAGCAAGUAAUCCAAUCCUAGAAUAAUUAAUCGAGGUUAUUUUGUUUCAUUUAGACAAACCAAUUUUCGCUAAAAGUUAGCUGUUUAUGUUUGAGCAGAAAAUUAAAUAAUUUAAAAAGGGAAGUAAACCAUUCAAAAAACCAUUUGCACUUCGGUUUAGCAGCUGGAAACCAGAAGCAAAGAUCGUAAAGGCAAAAUAUUUAUAUUUAUAACAGUGGAAAAAAUGUGAAAAGCAAAUAUUUAUAAAAAUAGAAAAAAAUAUUUACUAAAAGUCGAACUCCGGUUUGAAAGCAAAAAAUCAAAGAAAUGAAAACAAAUGGGAACUUUGCUAAACACAACAAAAAAAAAGUAUGUAAAUAAUGCAAGAUGUAAACUCUUCAACCACGAGAAGAAGAGCAACUAUGCGACAAGUCAGUGAAACCAAGCAUAGAUGAAAUACAUUCUACUGCCGUAAGGAAAACGACACGACAACUCGGAGAAAAAACAGUAAAACCAUUCCUUCGUUUGCCAAGAGAGCAACACUGUAAACAUUUGUAAGCAAGCUACAAAUAACAAAACGCAACUAAAACCAGUCAUAAAAUGGCCAGCUAAGACAAGAAACGAAGGCAUUUAUACAAAUACAUACUCAAAAUAGACACAUGCAACAA